AAAGCUAAAAACUACAGAAUCAUUUCUUAACCCAAGGACACAGAGGCAUUCAAUCUUAUUGUGAAACAGAGCGGGACUGUGGGGCACUGCAGCUUUAAUACUGAAGCUCUCCCGCUAGCUCACCUCCUCCCCGGCCAGCUUGUCAGCUUGUUUUCUGUGUGACAUGGAACAAGCCCAGCUACAGCACACAACCUGCAUCAUUCACUCUUCUCCCUUCCUCUCGACACAGCAGUGAAGCGUACCAGGCUGGGCUGGCCGCCUCUUUUCUUCUCUUCCUUUCUCAGGACCUCUCAUUGGCCGGGCGAGCUGGCCAUCGAGCCUGGCAGCCAACAGGAUGGCGCUGUGUCUGUCUGAGUUAGCGGGCACCUCAAACACUGGGAUCUGAGCUCUGAGUGGUCCCUCUCUCUGUGUGAAGAGAGCUGGUCGGCCAGGAAACAAGCUCUGGUGUGCCGUGCUGAAGACCACCCGGCCCCACCCCCUCUCUCUCUCUGUCUCUCUCUCACUCACUCACUCACUCACUCACUCACUCACUCACUCAGCUGUCUAUGAAAUCACAACACAAUCUCCCUGUCUGACACAUCUGUGAGAGAGCCGUGACUUUUACUGUACAUUCAGGCUGGGUUUCCUUGCUGCUUUAUUUUCCUUUUUGUUUUGCUGCUUAUUUAAAUCCACCCCUCCUCUCAUCUCUGCAGUGUUUCCAGCUGCCGAGAGAGAGAGAGAGCGAGAGAGAGAAAGAGAGACAGAGAGAGAUAGAAAGGAGCAAGGAUGCUUCUUUGAAUGAAAAAUUGGGCUCUGGCUUUUACCCAAGCGAACGUGUCUGCAUAUCAAACGCGGACGGAAGGUGGAGACUGAACCGGCAGGCAGGCAGGCAGGCACUGAUUCCAUACAGCGUGCUGCUCCAGUCUAGAGGGAGAGACCACGAUCAGAGAGACUGCUGCCACUUCCCCAGUUUCUACUGCUGCUGCUGCUGCUUCACAUAGCACAGCCCAUCACUACGGCAACCGGGAGAAUACAAAUUAAAAAAAAAAGGAACCAGCCUGAUGAGUGUGCGCUCCUUACCUUUGGAACAGAGGGUAUGAAAUGGAAAGGGGAUUGUCUGUUUUCAGCAGCGCUGCACAGAGAGGAGAAAUCGUUCAAGUAACAGGAAUGAACCAUUGUCUACCCAUAGGAGAGGGGUAGUGAUAUGACGUCUUCUGAACAGAGGAACAAUACAUCGCUGGUUGCUGUGUGCAUUUUAUUUAUUUUUUUUGUAUCCCACUGCUAGGAGCCAGUGAGCUGACCUGUUUGCCUAUCAGGUAUUGAAUAAUUGUGUGUUUUGUGUGAUAAGGGCACACCACCUGGCACAAGGAUUGUAAGCUCAUCAUCCCUGCAUGCCUUGUUAUAGCCGGUACAGCAGAGUCAACCUGCUUUGCUGCUGCUGCUGAACGAGUAGUCGUAGCAGAAGAAGAAGGAGGAAGGAAGGACGGAAGGAAGAAGGAAAGGCUGCCCGUGUUGCUGCUGCUCUCUUUCUUUCUCCCUAUCUCCCGGGAGGAACAUGGGAUGUCGUCAAAGCUCUGAGGAAAAGGAGGCUGCCCGGCGUUCGCGCAGAAUCGACCGCCACCUGCGAUCGGAGAGUCAGCGGCAGCGGCGUGAGAUCAAGCUUCUCCUUCUGGGCACCAGCAACUCGGGCAAGAGCACCAUUGUUAAGCAGAUGAAGAUCAUCCACAGCGGGGGCUUCAACCUGGAGGCGUGCAAGGAGUACAAGCCCCUGAUCAUCUACAACGCCAUCGACUCGCUCACCAGAAUCAUACGGGCGCUCACCACCCUCAAGAUCGAUUUCCACAACGCCGACCGAGCCUACGACGCAGUCCAGCUGUUCGCGCUCACUGGCCCGGCCGAGAGCAAAGGGGAGGUCACCCCGGAGCUGCUGGGGGUGAUGAAGCGUCUGUGGGCCGACAGAGGGGUGCAAGAGUGCUUCUGCCGCUCCAACGAGUACCACCUGGAAGACAACGCGGCAUACUACCUGAACGACCUGGACCGCAUCGCCGCUCCGGACUACAUCCCCACCGUGGAGGACAUCCUGCGCUCCAGGGACAUGACUACCGGCAUCGUGGAGAACAAGUUCACCUUCAAAGAGCUCACCUUCAAAAUGGUGGACGUGGGAGGGCAGCGCUCCGAGCGCAAGAAGUGGAUUCACUGUUUCGAAGGGGUCACGGCGAUAAUAUUCUGUGUGGAGCUGAGCGGCUACGAUCUCAAGCUGUACGAAGAUAAUCAAACGAGUCGAAUGGCUGAGAGUUUGCGUCUGUUUGACUCCAUCUGUAAUAACAACUGGUUCAUCAGCACCUCCCUCAUCCUCUUUCUAAACAAGAAGGACCUGCUGGCAGAAAAGAUCAAGCGCAUCCCGCUGACCGUCUGCUUCCCUGAAUACAAGGGCCAGAACACAUACGAGGAGGCAGCCGUCUACAUCCAGAGGCAAUUCGAGGACCUGAACCGCAACAAGGAGACCAAGGAGAUCUACUCCCACUUCACCUGCGCCACGGACACCAGCAACAUCCAGUUUGUCUUUGAUGCGGUCACUGACGUGAUCAUCCAGAACAAUCUCAAAUACAUCGGGCUGUGCUAGGGGGGCCCAUCUAACUUGUGAAGGAACGGGGACCUUCAAAACAUGAGCUUGUGCAAGCAAGAGGAGAGAGAGAGAGAGAGAGAGAAAGAGAGGGAGAGAGGGAGGGAUUGAAUAAAGACGGCAGCGCUGGACACUGGCAGUCGGUUUGGAUGCUUACUGACCCAGCUAGAUGCAACUGGUGGUCUAUAAAGGAACACGGACCCUUGAUUUGCCUGGUUCGAUGCUGCUUUCCUGUAUUUGUUUUUACUGACCGUUGGUUUGUUGUUUCUUUUUUAUUAUUACAUUUGGGAGUCCCCUAAUGGGGCAAUCAUCUGUCUGCUUUUGAAGUCUGAAAACCACCAAACGAGGGCAGCUGUGGUUUAAACUUUCAGAUCUGAAGAGUGGAGCUCAGAACGUUCAGUCUCGUACCAGAAUUUUUGCUAACUCACUUUUGAAGUGGAUCACAAUCCAAUUUGUAAAAAAAAACAGAUCAGUCCUUUUUUUCUUUAUUUACUAAACCUGGGUGCGCAUCAAAUACACAAAGUCAGUCGCUUUUACUAUGAUUUUACACGACGUAAACAGGAAGAACACCUCCUUGUUUCUUGUCAUACCCAAGUCAUAAGGGGGAUCAUGCCAGACCUGUACAAUAAACCCAUGUUUUUACAGUUUCUGUUAAGAAUAGGCAUGAACUUAAUUUCUUUUUAAUCCCCCCCACACCAACUUCUAACAAGUGCUGCGUGCAAAAUUCUACAGCUGUCUUUUGAAAGUUUUUAAGAAAAAAAAGUUGUAUGGAAGAGGAAGAUGAACAAUAAUAUAUUGUUUUUCGAAAAUCUUUUUUGAAAGAAAGAAGAACUUAUGGUUUACUUAAUAUCACAAGGUCGGAAAAACAUUAUUACUCUGUUUCAUGUCUUAAAUCCGUCUGGGAAAGCUGGGAAGAAAGAGGUCUGAUCGACCGAGGCAGCAUCGCUCCCAAAGGGAUACAAACUUAAACCACAAUAAAAGAAAGGAAUCUAUUUACCAGAAAUGUUAUUAAAGUGGACACUGUAAUGGCUUAUAAUAUGUAAAUAAAAUCCAUUAGAAAAUAUAAAGCACACUUCCUUUAGGCUGGACAGCUCGCCUCACUUCUGCAAAGAUACGUUUGUGAAAUACUCAGCUAAGGGCUUUCAGACUGAUUUAAAGGUGUCCAGAAAUUAAAAUAAAGCAAAUGAUGCAAACAAUGUCCUUUUUGUGUAAAUGUGAUCAUUAUUAUUAUCAUUCAAAUCAUUCUUCUCAAGAGGACAAGCAAACACCAGUACAGCUUUCUGCAGCAGUUUGCUUAAAGGCAUGGUUAACAGCAUUAUAUCCUGUGAGUUGUUAAACCAAAAAAAAAAAAGAUUCAAUGAUUAUUUUG